CACAGGGAAGGUCUGCAGAGUGGUAGCACUUUCGAUGCCACUGCUGCUCUAACAAAAAUCAGACAGGCCAGGUCUGGUAGCAGCACACAAAUUCACCCCUCCCAAGCAACAUGGAGAGAGAAAGCCUUCCAAAAUGUGACACAGAUAUCGAUACUGGUCCAGGCACUGUGUCACCAGUCGAUAGCACUCUUGUUGAGACCUCAGACCACGAACAAGUCAUACAGACCAAGGAAACCAGCCAGGAAGAGACCAUGGACAAAGCAUCAGAAAACAAGUCGGACGUCGAGUCAGGCCCAAAGGACGAAGCGCCGUACUGCGUCCUCUCGGAGGGGCAGAAAAUUUUCAUCAUGCUGUCUUCUUCGUUUGCGGCGAUUAUCUCUCCUAUUUCGAGCAGCAUCUACUAUCCAGCCCUCACUUCGAUUGCAAAUGAUAUGCACGUCACCAUCACCUUGAUUAACUUAACGAUCACGACGUACUUGAUCUUCCAAGGACUCGCCCCCUCUUUUAUCGGAACAUUUUCAGAUAUCCACGGCCGACGCCCCGCAUACCUCAUCUGCUUCAUCAUCUAUCUCGGUGCGAACAUCGGCCUCGCCUUACAAAACAACUACGCCGCCUUGAUGGUCCUUCGAUGCCUACAAGCCUCAGGAAGUAGUGGAACAAUCGCCCUUGGCAGCGCCGUGGUUGCGGACGUAUCUACCCGGGCAGAGCGUGGCAAAUAUAUCGGAUAUGCGACGAUGGGAACGACACUUGGCCCAUCCCUAGGUCCUAUCAUCGGCGGUCUUCUCGAGCACUUUCUAGGCUGGCGAUGGAUAUUCUGGUUUCUGGCCAUCUUCUCUGGCGCUUUCUGUGCUAUCAUCCUCAUGACCUUUCCCGAGACCUGUCGCACGGUGGUUGGGAAUGGUUCCGUGCCUCCUGCUCGAUGGAAUCGUCCACUGUGGAUGGUAUUGAAAGAGUGCCUUGGGAAACCCGAGAAGAAGGAUAGUACGGAUGGUGAGAAAACCUUGCAGCAACGAAAAGAACGACCUAGUGUUCUCGCAGCCGCACGGAUCGCUACUGAAAAAGAAGGCGGACUGAUUCUGAUCUACGGUGCACUGCUAUACUGUGGAUUCAUGGUGGUGUUGAGUACAUUGACCUCCCAACUCGCGAGUCGCUUCGGAUUCAACGCCAUUCAAAUUGGCUUAUGCUACCUUCCAUUUGGAAUUGGGAGUUUGACCUCGCGAUGGACAGUGGGAACUCUGCUCGACUGGAACUUCAGACGCGAAGCACGACGCCAUAACAUGCCCAUCGUCAAGAACCAGCAACAGGACAUUCGCCAUUUCAACAUUGAAGCCGCCCGAUUGACAAUCACAAUCCCACUUGUUUACGCAGCAUGUUUCUGCAUUAUUGCCUACGGUUGGGUGAUGCAGUAUCGAACAUCACUGGCUGGUCCACUGGUGAUGCUCUUCUUCAUCGGUCAUCUACUCUCCGGAGCUUUUACGUCUCUGAGCACGUUGAUUGUCGAUACCCAUCGCCAGAGUCCCGCGACUGCCGUUGCUGCAAACAAUCUCCUUCGCUGCUUGAUGGGAGCCGGUGCGACUGCUCUUGCUUCGCCGCUGAUCGACCGCAUCGGUAUCGGCUGGACCGCAGUAUUCAUUGCCGGAGUGUGGGUGGUCUUCAGUCCGUGUCUGUGGGCUGUUUUUGUCUGGGGACAUAAAUGGAGAUAUGCAUUGCUGGCCAAGGAAAGAGACGGCGAGAACGUUGAAGCCUGACGGCACUGGUGGCACAUAAAUAUCGGUUGCUCCGCUAAAAGCAUAGAAUUAUGGAAUCGGGAUGGCUUUUUCUAGUUAGCAAUAGUUGCAGAAUGAUAUUCGGCU